UAUAAACAGCGAACGAGAGUGUCGAGGGAAGCAGGCUCCGACUUAUAAUUAAGAACCCCAAGACCAGCAAUGGCGUCCAGGCUAGUGUUGCUCGUGGCCGCCGCGGCUGUCGCCGCCGCCGCCUGCCUCCCGGCGCCGGCCUCCGCCACGGAAUGGAUGGUAGGGGACAACGGCGGCUGGAGGGCCAAGUUCAACACGACCGGCUGGGCCGACGGCAAGACGUUCACGGUCGGCGACGCCCUCAUGUUCAUGUACCCCCAGGGGAAGCACACGGUGGUCCAGGUCGGCAACAAGGACGACUUCGUGGCGUGCAACCUGAUGGCCAACGCGAUCGCGACGUGGAACUCCGGCAACGACGUCGUCACCCUCGACAAGCCCGGGAAGAUGUGGUUCUUCUGCAGCGUUCCCGGCCACUGCGCCAACGGCAUGAAGCUCGUCAUCGACGUCGAGGACGGCGCACUGGUGCCAGCGCCGGCGCCGGCGCCGGGGUGGUUCUAGUGGCCUGUUUCUGAACUCCAUUUCCAGCAGC